AUGAGUCGCACCGAGGCCGACCUGGCCAUAAAUAUCCGCAAGGCGACAAGCAUUGAGGAAACCGCGCCCAAACGGAAGCAUGUACGGAGCUGCAUUGUGUACACAUGGGACCACAAGUCGUCGGCGGCCUUCUGGGCAGGCAUGAAAGUGCAGCCUGUGCUCGCCGACGAGGUCCAGACGUUCAAGGCACUCAUUACAAUCCACAAGGUACUUCAAGAGGGACACCCCAUUGUUGUGCGCGAGGCGCAGCAGCAUUCAAACUGGAUUGAUAGCUUGAUGCGAGGCGUUGGAGGAGAAGGUGUUCGAGGAUAUGCGCCAUUGAUUCGCGAAUAUGUCUACUUCCUCGAGUCCAAGCUCACCUUCCACCGCAACCACCCCGAGUUCAACGGCCUGUUCGAAUACGAGGAGUACAUCAGUCUGAAGACUAUCAACGAUCCAAAUGAGGGAUACGAGACGAUUACCGACCUCAUGACCCUCCAAGAUCAGAUCGAUGGUUUCCAAAAAUUGAUUUUCUCGCACUUCCAGUCGGGCACGCAUAAUGAAUGUCGAAUCUCGGCACUGGUACCUCUUGUUCAGGAGAGUUAUGGUAUCUACAAAUUUAUUACGAGCAUGCUGAGAGCAAUGCACACCACCACCGGAGAUGAUGAGGCGCUUGAGCCGCUCCGAUCCCGCUACGACGCUCAACACCAUCGCCUCGUUCGCUUUUACUAUGAAUGCUCCAACUUACGUUACCUGACGAGUCUUAUCACCAUCCCUAAGCUACCUCAGGAUCCUCCUAGCCUUCUCGGAGAAGAGGAAGACCGUCCAGCCUUGCCCAAACGGCCAACCAAGGAGGUCGAGCGCCUACCUUCACCUCCGCCCAAGGUCGCAGCCGAACCUGAACCGAUUAGCGACUUCUGGACCAAUGAGGCUAAGCGUCAACAAGAGGAAUAUGAAGCGGAGCAAGCUCGUCUGCAGCAACAAUGGAAUGAUCAACAAAGGCAACAGAUGCUGGCUCAGCAACAAGCCCAGCGUGACUUCGAGGAACAACAGCGUCUGCAGGCUGAACAACAACGUCUGGCGCAGGAGCAGCUGCUUCGAGACCAGUAUGCCACGCAAACACAAGGUCGUCUUGCUGAACUAGAGCAGGAAAAUCUCAAUGCCCGAGCUCAGUACGAGCGUGACCAGCUCAUGCUUCAACAAUAUGACCGUCGGGUUAAGGAUUUGGAGGAGCAGAUGAACCAGCUGAACGCCAAUAUGAACAUGCAAAACUCGUCUAAGGAUGAGCAGAUUCGAGCUUUGCAGGAGCAAGUGAACACUUGGCGUACCAAGUACGAAGCUCUGGCUAAGCUAUACUCGCAACUUCGACAGGAACAUCUGGACCUCUUGCAGACUACCAAGAGUCUGAAGCUCAAGGCUGCCUCUGCGCAGGAAGCCAUCGAUCGCCGUGAGAAGCUCGAACGAGAGCUGAAGACCAAGAACUUGGAGCUUGCUGACAUGAUCCGCGAGCGUGACCGCGCUCUCCACGACAGGGACCGGCUGACGGGUACCAACAAGGACGAGAUGGAGAAGGUCAAGCGCGAGCUUCGUAUGGCUCUUGAGCGCGCUGAAAAUGCAGAGCGGUCCAAGGGCAAUGAGAUCUCCGCUAUGCUUUCUAAAUACAAUCGCGAGAUGGCUGAUCUGGAGGAGGCUCUCCGUAACAAGACUCGAGCUCUGGAGGACUUCUCCAGCCGCAAUAACGAGCGAUCUGGGGACCACGAUUUGGCCCUCCGCGAGAAGGAUGAAGAAAUCGAGGUGUACAAGUCCGGCAUGGAACAGGCUUUGAUGGAGCUGGAAGAGCUGAAGCUUAGUCAAGGUGAUGUCGAUCACGCGUUGGAUAGUCAGAUCGACACGGUCCUCCACGGGACUGUCGCCAAAAUCAACGACAUCAUUGAUUCAGUGCUUCAGACUGGUGUGCAGCGUGUCGAUGAUGCCUUGUACGAGCUGGACUCUUCCAUGCAGGCCGGCAACCAGAAUGCUUCGCCCCCUUACGUCCUCUCGCAAAUCGAGAAGGCCUCUGCUUCCGCUACGGAAUUCUCAACUGCCUUCAACAACUUCAUUGCCGAUGGGCCCAAUAGUCCUCACGCAGAGAUUAUCCGUACUGUUUCAGUUUUCUCUGGCUCUAUUGCUGAUACGUUGAGCAACACGAAAGGUCUGUCGCGAUUCGCUAACGAUGACAAGAGCUCCGAUCAGCUGUUCAAUGCGGCGCGAAAGUCUGCUCAGGCUACCGUGCGCUUCUUCCGAGGAUUGCAAUCCUUCCGACUUGAAGGCAUGGAGGCUCUGCAAAAGACCGACGUGGUCAUCAACAACAACUUGGAGGUCCAGCGCGAUUUGCAGGCUCUUUCCAAGAUGGUGGAGGCUUUCCAGCCCAAGAGCAGCAAGAUCGCUACCAACGGUGACUUGGGCGACUUGGUCGACCAGGAGCUGCUCAAGGCUGCUGACGCGAUUGAUGCCGCUGCGCAGCGUCUGGCCAAGCUGAAGAACAAGCCUCGCGAUGGCUAUUCUACCUAUGAGCUGCGCAUCAAUGAUGCCAUUCUCGCCGCCGCCAUCGCGGUGACCAACGCUAUUGCCGAGCUUAUCAAGGCCGCCACUGAAUCUCAACAGGAGAUUGUACGUGAAGGACGCGGCAGCUCAACACGUACCGCAUUCUACAAGAAGAACAACCGUUGGACGGAGGGUUUGAUUUCCGCCGCCAAGGCGGUCGCGUCUUCGACAAACACCCUGAUCGAGACGGCCGAUGGUGUGAUCUCCGGCCGCAAGACCCCCGAACAGCUCAUUGUGGCUUCCAACGAUGUUGCUGCUAGCACCGCACAGCUUGUGGCCGCUAGCCGUGUCAAGGCCACUUUCAUGAGCAAGACCCAGGAUCGCUUGGAGGGUGCAAGCAAGGCCGUUGGUGCGGCCUGCCGUGCCUUGGUACGACAAGUGCAGGACAUUAUCAAGGAGAAGCACAGCGGCGAUGCCGAGGCCGAGGACUACGCCAAGUUGAGCUCGCACGAGUUCAAGGUUCGCGAGAUGGAGCAGCAGGUCGAAAUUCUCCAGCUCGAGAAUAGCCUUGCUCGCGCUCGCACACGACUUGGCGAGAUGCGCAAGAUUUCCUACCAGGAGGAGUAG